UAUAAAAAAUAAGCUAAAAUAGACUAUUGAGGUUCAUUCAUUGUGCAACAGGCAGCCCAGGAUCCAUAAACAGGCAGGUGUCCUCAAGGCCAACACUCUCACAAGGUAGUGUGAAGUUUUUAGAUUUUAUGUAGUUGAGUUAUAGUGGGAAUCAGCAGCAUGUUCUCAAGGUAACGUGUCUCUUAUCACUGAGCAAAGUGGUGUUUAUCUUCAGGAGUUAACAGGCACACUAUAUACACUACAUAUAAACAGGGACUGCAGCAGGGUCCAGGUACAGUUUAACACAUACACCUGCAGGCUGGUAACAUGGCUUUCUUGAAGUACACGCUCAGUUUCCUGAUCCUCCUUGUGGUCUCCGACUGCUCCUGGGCUGAAGAGAAGCAACUAUCUGUGUCUGAGCUGCUGUGGAGGGCCAACAAGGAUGUUGUGCGUACGGAGAAAGGGCCCUUUGUCGUGGAUGACAUUGCUUAUGACAAUGAAAAUGAGAGAAAUGCUGAUCCCUGCACCUCCGAGGGCUGCAUGUGGAGCAAAUCUGCUGACGGAAAUAUCUAUGUGCCCUAUGUGAUCGCUGGACAUUACUCACCUCGUGAACGCGCCAUCAUCGAGCGUGGCCUGGAGUCCUUCUCCAGUGUCUCUUGCAUUCGCUUCGUUGAACGCGACGCCCAGAGAGACUACCUGAGCAUCCAGUCCGACAACGGCUGUUACUCCUAUGUUGGCCGCCGUGGUUACGCUCAGACAGUGUCUCUGGACCGUAGUGGCUGCCUCUACCACAACACUGUCCAGCAUGAGCUGCUCCACGCCCUCGGCUUCAACCACGAACAGUGCCGCUCUGACAGGGACCAGCACAUCCGAGUCCUGUGGGAGAACAUCAUGCCCGGUUUGGCGUACGCCUUUGACAAGAUCAACACUCUGAACCAGAACACUCCCUACGACUACAACUCUGUCAUGCAGUACCACAGGUAUGCCUUCUCUGCAAACAGUAAGCCCACUAUGCAGCCCAUCCCCAAUGCAAAUGUUGAAUUUGGCACUGGCACCCAGAUGAGCAAGAACGACAUCCUCAGACUGAACAGGCUGUACAAGUGUUAAACACAGCCCUGACAACACAGUGCCAGUGCAGACAUCAUACCAUCUUUUUUGAAAUUCUGAAAAUGUUUCUUCAUUCUUUAAUACAAUUGAAUA